AUGGUCAGCCGCAUCUCCAUCAUUUCCCUCUCGAUAGAGAAGGAGAGCAAGGAUAAUGGGUCUAAUAAGGAAGGCACCGCGGACUUUGAGAGGGCCAUGGAGAUAUGUGGAAAUGGAAGAUAUCAAUAUAUUUUUCUACUGGUUUGCGGCAUAAUGUUCAUCUGCGUCGGUUGUCAAUAUGGAGCGAACGCGUACAUCCUUCCCUCAGCCGAGUGCGAUCUUAAUAUGAAAUCCGAAGAGAAGGGAUUGUUGAAUGUCGCCUUUCUGAUAGGUUCGGUGUUCAGCGCUCUUUUCUGGGGUGUCUUCGCGGGUGCCUACGGAAGAAGAAAUAUCUUGCUGCUAACUCUUUUUGCCGACAGUGCCGUUACGUUCGUUGCGAGCUUCUCGCAAAGCUUCAAACUGCUGUUGGUGUUCAGAGUCAUAAGCGGAUUCUUGAUGGGUGGACCCGGUUCCUUGGUGUACACGUAUCUCGGUGAAUUCCAUGCGGAAAGAUACAGAGCAAAGAGCAUCUGCUUCCUAGGAUUUUUCUUCAUCCUCGCUUGGUUAAUACUGCCUGGUUUGGCAUGGAUAAUCAUACCUUUACCAAUAUCUUUCGAGUUCUAUAACAUCCGGUACAAUUCUUGGAGAAUGUUUCUCGGCGCUAUCAGCCUGCCAACUUUCGCUAUUGCCGCCGUAACUUUGACGUAUCCCGAAAGUCCAAAAUUUCUGGUGUCGCAAGGCAAGACCGACGAAGCUCUCGAGAUUCUUCGAAAUAUCUAUGCGAUAAAUACCGGACGUGAUAAAAGCGAAUUUCCGGUGAAGGAACUCCUCUCCGACGCUGUGUUCGAAGUAGAGAAGGACAAGGCGCCAUUGUCUUCAUCGGAUAUGCUAACGGAAUUGAUGAAAAAUAUUUGGUGGCAAUUGCGCACCAUUGCGUCACCACCACUCCUGAAAUAUGCUUCUCUUUUGUGGAUGAUUUACUUCGCGAACAUGUUUGGAUAUUACGGCUUCAAUCUUUGGCUGCCGGAGUUGUUCAAUCGCUUUGAGAAUUAUCAUCAAUCGCAUCCGAAUGCGUCCGUGACGGUCUGCGAGUUGAUACACGCCACGCAAACGUCCUUAAAUCACACCCUUCCAGAGGAACCAUUUCUCCUUUUGAUGAAUGAAGUCAGUACGGAAUGCAAGCCACACAUAGACGAGCGGGUGUUUAUCAACUCUCUAACGAUUAAUGCCGUUUGCUUACUCGGCAAUGUCGCCUCUGGGUAUCUAGCAAAUCGAGUCGGCCGUCGGACAAUGCCAGUGACCACGAUGAUGAUAUCUGGCAUUGCCGGCCUUGGUCUCUACUUCGUGAGAUCCUCGCUGCAAAUUCUCAUAACGGCGUGCGUGUUCUCCCUGAUGGCGGCCACGGCGAAUUUCGUGCUUACCAGCAUUGCGGUCGACGUCUUCCCUACGCACGUGUCCGCCGCUGCGGUGUGCAUGAUGGUAUGUUUGGGAAGGUUCGGCGCCGUAGCGAGCAAUCUGGCGUUCGGCAUGCUGCUGGACCUCAGCUGCGAAAUCCCGAUAUUCCUGGUUACCGGUGUCACUUUAUUUGGCAGUUUGUUGUGCUUCCUGAUACCGAGCAAGGAAAAAAAGUGAAGAUCGAUCUUCUCGUGAAAGAAGAAGAUACAUUUAAGAAAAGGACAAACUUGAAGUGCCGAACGUGGAAGAUGUUUUAUAUUUUUCUUUUUUUUUACGUUAUGUGUAACACACAGGGUUUGAAGUGUGUAAUAGUGUCUAUUGAUCUGUAAAUAGUAAUUAUAAGUAUUAUACCGAUCUUGACUAUUCGCAUUACUUUCACAUAAAAAUCCACGGAAAGAAUACAACAAUUUUAUUAUAGGCUUUAAAAAUUUAGUUAGAUACAAAUCUGAAAAUUAAUUUUAUUAGGUCAUCAAAAUUAACGUGUAGGACGUUAAAUAUGAUAUUAAAAAUUUUUUUUAUAUUCUAGUAAUUAAUUUGAACAUUCUAUAUAAUUAUUUUGAUGACUCAACAAAAUUAUUUUUCAGAUCUAAGUAUAUCUCAUCAUUAGAACCCUUCUUUCUGUGGAUCAUAAUCGUAUCACCCAUCAGAACAUUCAGUGAAAUCAUAACAUUCGAUGUGAUCUAUUCCAACUAAUUUAUUCCGAAAAGUGGCAAAUUUCUCAAUACUUAUUUAAGCGACGAGCCACUCCUUAUCGGUCAUUAACUUAAUAUCGAUUUCUUAAUGACGAACUGAUUUCGCUGAUCGGUGAUAUAUAUUCCAUAUCAUUUCACUACGACUUGACGCUUAUCGAUCAAGUCGUUUGUAAAUAAUUAUUCCAAUAUUUAUUAACUCGUUUCGUGUAUGCGCGUGCGAAAUGUAAUGCGCUGCAACGAACAGUCGCAACGCGUGCGGUGCAGAUGUGAACGAGUGAUUCUUCAUAAUGUAAACGAUAGAAAUAUGACAAAGAUAUUUUAAUUGUCGCAAUACUGCAAAAAAAGAUACAACAAAUAAAAGCAAAGGGGCGCGACAACUAUCCGGAAGAUCUCGCAUCCACCGCAGGAAAUAGACUGACGCAUUGCAAAUAGGCACUAAUUUGUGGCGCGAAUGGAAAAUACUUAUCUACCAACUGUUAAGUGCAGACGGAUUAAGUGUCGUUUCCUGGUAAGCCCCGCAGGAAUUUAGGAUUUAAUCGCCCGAUGUUUACGAUGUACCUAUCAUAAAGCGUGCCUUAAAACCGCCUCCGUCCCCCGGCGGUAUGUUACCGUAAAUAUACUACGCACCAUUCAGGGAUUAGAGAUCUAUUAUUAUCAUGCUGCAUUGAUAAUAGAUCUUUCUUUUCAUCUAGAACCUCUCGAAAAAUAUUUUUUAUCAUCAGAUAUGUAUAUAUUUUUUUUAAAUCAUAUCAAGCUAAAUUUUUCUUCCGAAAAUCUGAUAUGUUGUUUGCAGUUGCUUGUGAAAAAUUAGAAUAAUCUAUAUUCUGUAAUAUUAUUAUUAUUAUCAAAAGAUUCAUAACGGGACGUGGUAUUGGCGAUUGGUAAUUGAUCAUUGACAACACGAUGAGAUACAAAUUUGCAAUUUCGUAUAUUUGUUUUUAUUCGUAAAAAUGGAGUGGAGAGGACUUCCUUGAUCUUCGAUACACGAUCACGUCGCUUAGCAAGCGUGUUACUUCGUUUUCGGAAUUGAGUACAAUGAUAUUGAAAAUAAUAUUGUGAGUUCUCGGGAGUUUUCCCUAAUAAUAUCGUUAUUUCGU